CGCGAGUUCGGACGGCAGUGGGAGCCGGGCUGCUGGUACCGGUUUGAGUCUAACCGACACCGUCAUGGCAGCUUUCUGACCCCCAGAGGAAGCCGCGGAAAUGAGGAGGAGCCUGGCCCCCAGUCAGCUGGCUAAACGCAGAGCGGCCGGAGAGGACGGCGGCCCGCCUGGAAGCACCGAGAAGAGGAGGAGGUUGGAGGAGCUGAGAGAGAUCCACGUUUCUCCCCACAGGAAGCCGCUCAGACCCAUCAUCAACUGGCCUGUGGAAGUAGACAAACAUGAGGCCUUUAUUCGGAAUAUUCUCUCCAAACCCUUUAAAGUUCCUAUUCCCAACUACUCAGGUCCACUGGGAAGCAGAGCACUUGGUCUGAGACAUGCAGGAGUUAGGAAGGCGCUCCAUGAUCCCUUCGCAGAAGAUGCUUUGGUUCUUUAUGAGCCUCCAGCUCUCGGCGCUCAUGAGCUGAUCAAAGCUGACAAAGAGAAGCUCCCGGUCCACGUUGUGGUGGAUCCAGUAUUAGGAAAAGUUCUCCGUCCCCAUCAGAGAGAGGGCGUGAAGUUCCUGUGGGAGUGCGUGACCGGCAGACGCAUCCCCGGAUCGUACGGCUGCAUCAUGGCUGACGAGAUGGGCCUGGGAAAGACUUUGCAGUGCAUCGCUCUCAUGUGGACCUUGCUGCGCCAAAGUCCCGAUGCUACGCCAGAGAUCGAUAAAGCCAUCGUCGUGUCGCCGUCGAGCCUGGUUCGGAACUGGUACAACGAAGUGGCAAAGUGGCUGGGAGGUCGCCUUUCGCCAUUAGCCAUCGAUGGCGGCUCGAAGGAGGAGAUCGAUAGGAAGCUAGUUAACUUCACCUCCCAGCGUGGAUCGAGGGCACCCACACCCAUCCUGAUCAUUUCCUACGAGACGUUCCGACUUCACGCCAACGUCCUGCACAGAGGGAAAGCUGGACUGGUGAUCUGUGACGAGGGUCACCGACUGAAGAAUGCCGACAACCAGACCUACCAAGCUCUGAAUGCAAUGGACGCCCAGCGGAGGGUGCUGAUCUCAGGCACACCCAUCCAGAACGACCUCCUGGAGUACUUCAGUCUGGUCCACUUUGUAAACGCCGGAAUCCUGGGCACCGCCCAGGAGUUUAAGAAGCGCUUCGAGCUGCCCAUCCUGAAGGGGAGAGAUGCAGACGCCAGCAACCGAGACCGGCAGGAAGGAGAGGAGAAACUGAAGGAGCUCAUUGGCAUCGUCAACAGGUUCUGCUCCCAUUUGAUCCUGUCCUCUGGUCUAGGUAAGAUGCUGGUUCUGGACUACAUCCUGGCGGUGACCAAAUCCACCACCAGUGAUAAGGUGGUUCUGGUGUCCAACUACACCCAAACCCUGGACCUGUUUGAGAAGCUGUGCCGCUUUAGAAGGUACCUCUACGUCCGACUGGACGGAACCAUGUCCAUCAAGAAAAGGGCCAAGGUGGUGGAGACCUUCAACAGUCCACAUAACCCCGAGUUCAUCUUCAUGCUGAGCAGCAAGGCAGGGGGGUGUGGCCUCAAUCUGAUCGGCGCCAACCGCCUGGUCAUGUUUGACCCCGACUGGAACCCAGCCAACGACGAGCAGGCCAUGGCCCGGGUGUGGAGAGACGGCCAGAAGAAGACCUGCUACGUCUACAGACUGAUCUCUACGGGGACCAUCGAGGAGAAGAUCCUGCAGAGACAGGCCCAUAAGAAAGCGCUGAGCAGCUGCGUGGUGGACGAGGAGCAGGACGUGGAGCGCCACUUUUCCCUGGGACAGCUCCGCGAACUCUUCACCCUCAGCGAGGAAACCCACAGCGACACGCACGACAAGUUUCACUGCCGCCGCUGCGUCAACGGCAGAGAGGUCCGGCCGCCUCCGGAAGGAACCGACUGCACCAGUGACCUCUCCCAGUGGAACCACUGCUCUGACAAGAAGGGACUGAGAGACCAGGUGCUGAAGGCGUCCUGGGACAGCGCCGUCUCCUUUGUCUUCCAUCAGCGCUCCCAUGAGAACCAGAAGGGCGUGGCAUAAAUAGGCUCCGCCCACUCUGCUCUAAAGCUGCUGUAGAUAGUUUUAUUUAUUGUAUUAUAGCCUCUUUUUUUCCUGUUGUUUAUUAAAAAGUGGUGAAAAUGAA